AUGUCUCAUUCAGCACCGGGAGACGUUGUCUUUGUAUCUGGUGGUACUGGUACCCAGGGUACCGCCACAAUCCGUGCCCUUCUCCGCCUUGCUUCCUCCACGCACCCUAUCUCCAUUCACGCUCUCGUCCGCGACCCUGACAGCCCCAAAGCUCAAGCACUAGCACAACUUUCGCCGUCAGUCAAGCUUUUCAAGGGGGACAACGACGACCGAUCCGCCAUCGCCGCCGCCGCAGAAUCAUGUACCGCGUGCUUCUUCAUUCUUCUCACGGGUUGGGACCAAACGGAGUCCAGAGCAGAGCGACGUCAAGCUGAUACCAUCCUCUCAGUUCUCUCCUCGGUCACCACCAUGAGGCGAGUGGUGUAUACCACCACCGCAGGUGUGCGAGAUCCCAGCAUUCCAGGAAACUUUAAGAACCUCGAAAAGGGCACCCACCGCUACGCCUACUUCGAAGGUAAACAUGCCAACGAGAUGGCGGUCCAGAAGACUGCCGAGGAGAAUGGCUGGGCUUGGACGAUUUUCAAACCAGCGUACUUUCUUUCAAAUUUUCUCAAACCGAUGGCCGAAUUCAUGUACCCACAGCUUGCUGAGCACCGGAUUGUGACGGUGAUGCCGGCCGACUGGAAGUAUUAUCUGGUCGAUCCAGAAGAUAUUGGACUAUUCUGCGCCGUCGCUGUCAUCGGACCUGGAAAGGGACGUGACCUGCCUGACAUGUCGUUGCAGAAGAUCGAUCUGGUCUCCCAGGUCGGCCUGUUAACCGACGUCACCGGUGCAAUGGGGAGAGCCCUCGCAAAACAUGGUGACCAGGUGAAAAUUAACGUCGAGUACAUUACCGCGGAGGAAGCACAGAGGAGAGGAAUUAACUCGUCCAAGACGGAAUACGAGCAGUUUCUGGCGAGUAAUCCAACACCCCUUGACUUGCAGCGUGUCAAGGAUCUAGGAUUCGAAUCGGGAACACUCGACGGGUUUUUUGAAAGGGAAAUACAGAGGCUGAAACUGGUGCUGGCCUUAUGA